GGAAAUACACUCAGAUCACAUAGUUUGAGCUUUACACUUUACGAAAAUGCACCUUUUGAAAAUAGUGCACCUUACAUUUGAAAUAAUUUGUGUAUCAAAUGCCGCGAAAAUUCUUGGAAUUUUUCAUUUACCAUCAUACAGCCAUUAUCAACUAGGCGAGGUACUGUUAAAAGAAUUGGCGUCAAGAGGUCAUGAUGUUACAGUAAUAUCACCAGUGGAAGAGAAACAGAAAGUCAAAAACCUACGAACAAUUUACUUAGACAAUGUUAUGGAUGUUUUAAAAGAGAAAAAUUUUAAUAUGUUUGCGUUAGCUGAUGAUAACGCCAUUACAUGUAUGUUUAAAUCUAUCGAAGAUAUGACUACGCUUGUUAAGAAUACCUUAAACCACACGAACGUUCAGAAAUUAAUUACAUCGAAUGAGAAAUUUGAUCUUGUCAUCCUUGAGCGGUUAAUGAAUGACGCAUUUCAUGGUUUUUGCGUUCACUUCGAAGCCCAUUGCGUUAUUUCUUCAUCCAUACCUCCCACUCAUACUUCAAAUACCCAAAUGGGAAUCUUUAUACCACCUUCAUAUCUACCAGAAAUACAUACCAGUUUUUCAAGUAAAAUGAAUUUUUUUGAAAGAUUAUACAACGGAAUAGUACAUGUGAUCAGUACAGUUGUAUUUCACACUCAGACACUUCCUACCCAAAAUGAAAUGAUGCACAAAUAUUUUCCCACCGUUCCUCAUCUCACAGAUAUUUUUUAUAAUGUAUCCUUAACGCUAUUUAAUUCUCAUAUUAGUUCAAGUACGCCCAUUCCCCUUUUACCCAACAUGAUUGAUAUAGGUGGUUACCAUAUUAAACCAGCCAAAGCCCUUCCACAGGACUUGCAGGAAUACUUAGAUAAUGCCAAAGAAGGUGUACUUUUUUUCAGUAUGGGUUCUCAUCUCCGUAGUAAAGAUCUAACCGAUAAUCGCAGAGAAGCUAUUUUGAAGGCAUUCACAGCGGUAAAUCUAAAAGUGCUAUGGAAGUGGGAAAACGAGUCUUUGGUCGGUCGGCCACCAAAUGUUAAGAUAUUAAAGUGGGUACCACAAAACGAUGUGCUGGCUCAUCCUAACAUCAAACUGUUUAUGACACAUGGCGGAUUACUAAGUACCCUAGAAGCCAUUUAUCAUGGAGUUCCCGUUGUGGGUAUUCCGAUCUACGGCGAUCAACAUUUAAAUAUGCGUACAGUUGAAGAUAAUAAUCAUGGUAUUAUUGUAGACCUCCCAGGUAUAACUGGUGAAAAACUGUUAAAUGCCAUCAAUACAGUACUACAAAAUCCAAAGUAUUUAAAUAACGCACGUGCAAGAUCCAAAAUAUUACGAGAUAAUCCCCAGAAGCCACUGGAUAAAGCAAUUUUUUGGAUAGAGUAUGUCUUAAGACAUAACGGCGCUCAUCACCUCAAAACAGCUGCAUUAAAUUUAAGGUGGUACCAAUAUCUAUUGUUGGACGUGGUUGUUUUUUUCGCCUUCUUAGUUACGACACCUAUUUUGAUUUGUUAUGUCAUUUAUAAGACUAGGCGAUCAUCUAAAGUUACACUAUCAAAAACAAAAAAGAAUAAGUAAAGAAUGAAAAGUAACUCCCUAAACCUACUUCGGCAAGUCUGAGUGUUACCAUACUAGGUUUUAUGUACUAGCCAUUGUCAACAGAAACAGUAAUGCCCAAUAAAUCUACAUCACAAAAUAGGUACAUAUAUACCCGUU